AUGAAAGACGACCGUUCUUCCCCAUUACCAUCUAUCUUCCAAAUUACUACACUAACCUCACCGUCUUUGUUCUUUACUGUUCAGAGCCAAAACCCUUUCACCACCACCGCCCUAUACGAAGCCUCCAGAAACGCAACCCCGACUCCGUUAUCGUCUACUUCUUCCCAACGCCCAUUCAUAAGUCCUAAAUACAUUCCACCGCUUACUGCUUCGUCUUCUACCUCAAUCAAAUUGAGAGCCACCGGUGUCAUAGAAAGAGAAUCCUUCACCGUCAGUGUUAUCAAAAUCAGAGCCGCCGGUGUUGUAGAAAGAGAAUUCACCACCGCCAGGUCGCCACCUCUAAAGGUCACUGGAAAAGCACUUAUGGUCGAUAAAAUCAUCAAUUACGUUAUGUCGCUACAAGGUCAACUUGAGCAAUUUCAGUUUCAAGCACCAUCCCAGCUAAUUCUUGGGACUCAUUUUUUGUCUGCUGACCCUCCUCCACUUUUUCUUGAUCAGAGGCAGAGGCCUUCUCAGGAGUUGGACGCCUCAAAUGAGAAACCAACAUAA